ACAACAUUUGGUCUAGGGAGCAGCCGGAAUUUGCUCUCCAUUGCAGACACCAGAUUGGUGCACCUAGUGCACCCUGGUGGAGGAGUUGCUUCGGGAUGAUCAACUGGCCAAUUCUGUGACUACUACAGUCCCACCCAGAGGCCUUGCAGAAGGAGAGAUGUAGGCCCGAAAGGUGGCUGAACCUCCCACCCCCCCCACAAGCAUCCAUUCGGUUGAGCGCAGCGAGCUCUUGGUCUUACCUUCCAGUUCCAAUUCGUGGGGCUUGCACCGCUCUACUCAAGGUGAGGUUUGCGCUCGGCCUUAAGAGUGGGGACUGGCGUGUGGGCGGGGUGAUGUGGGCGCGGGCCAGAUUAAUUGUUCUCGGGCCAUAUCUGGCCCAGGGGCGAUAGCUUGAGGAUGAGUGUAAUAUUAGAAAUGCAAAAAUAUGAAAAUUUCUUCGCAGACCACCAAAAUUUUCUCACAGACCACCAGUGGUCCGUGGACCACCGCUUGCUGACCACUGGUAUAGGGCAGUGUUGGUGAAUCUUUUCAGCACCAAAUGCCAAAACCAGAAUGCCUGCUCGUCCGCAUGUGCGUCCCAGAAACCAGAACAGUAAGUGGUCUUCACACAUGUGGAGUGCCUGAAACUGGAAGAGCUGCUACCCGAUGCGUGUGCCAAGAGAGGACUCUGUGUGCCAUCUCUUGUACGUGUGCCAUAGGGUCGCCAUUGGUAGUAUUGGGUGUCCAUUCCGUUCCGUUCUAUUCUCCCAACUGAAAGGGACUUUAAAAAUGGUUUUAUUGAUCCAACACUAUACCAUAUAACCAAUAUUUUUUUAAAAAAGACAACUUAAAUUUCUUGAUUUAAAAUCUUCAUUUUCAGUUUCUAAGAUUAAUCAGUACCAUAUUUUCUAUUUCUCAAGAUUUCAAAUGUACUUUAGUGUCUCUAUUUCAUUUUGUGAUAUCAAGUUGAUCAGAAAGAUCAAUCAGACUUGUCAUAUUAGGGAUCGUAGCAUUGAUAUGGUUUCAGAAAAAACUUAGUAUUGAUUGUGACUGUGCUUUUUAUCUUAAUACAGCCUUUUAAAAAACAUAUUUCCUGAUUAUUAACCUCCUUUCUCAAUUUGAAAGGUUAAUAAAUUAUUCAAAACAGUUGCACAAUGUAAAUGAUGCGCUACUUUAUAUACAUUGAACAGCGAAAUGAAGAAACAGAUAAAUAUGUAGACGGAGGGGGGAGUGUGGCAUAAAAUGUUAGAUAAAUAAAUGUUAGAUAAAUAAAGUGCUAGAAGCGGGUGGAAUGAGUUCACAUCUGACUCAGUUUCACAUUGCACAAUGAUGCCUUGAAAACCAUGGAAUGGGAAAACAUUACUAUGGUAGAUUUUUAAACGAAUGAAGCAAAUAAUUAAAAGCUGGGAACAUUUCUCAUGAUAAAAUCCUGGCAUUUUCAUAAUAUUCCUAAUUAUGUAAUUUUACAACUGUGGAGAUAAUUCAUGGGACAUUAAAUUUAAGACUUUUGCCUCUUUCUACAACUUGGAAGAUAUUUUUGGCCUUUAAGGGUUUGCACUCUGAGUCAUAGUGGGGACAUCCAGGCAGUGUCCACGGCCGCGAUUUCGCCACAGUUGCCAGCAGGGGGCGCUCUCUUGGCUGCCGACUGACGAGCCCAAUGCGCAUGCCCGAUUUCGUCUGCGAGGUCGGGUUCUUCUGGAUGUGAGUUGCUCCGUGGGGGCGGGAAAGAGGGGCGUCCUGCGCCCCAGAUCCUCCCCAGGGGAGGGGAGGAGAUUCUGAAUCCCAAGGCUUGGAGGGAACCCACCCCUCUUUGCUGUGCAUGGGGGAGAUCCAAGAAUGGGGCGGGGGGAGGAGAAAAGGAAGCCUAAAGGAACCACAUGCUCACAUCUCCUUCGGAUUCAGUUUCCAAGGCUUGGAGGAUCCUUAGAGAGCCAGCGGAGACCAGUUGCCCGGCGCUGCCAGUGCCUGGAAGAUUCCUUCUGAGCCUGGCAAAGGAGAAACGGGAAGAGCUACAGGUUCUGAGGUCCUUCCAGGAAUGGGGAGUAAUGGGGUGGAUCGCACAAAUCUUUCUCCUGAUCUAUCUCCUGAUUUAUUGGAGGGAUCCCCAAGGAUAAAAGUCAAGGUCAGGAUACCUCACUAGUGGGCAAAAUGGAGUCACCAUUGUUCAUUGAAUUAUCUCCUUCUAUUGGUGGAGCUGAAAGAGCCGCUGGAUUUCCGACUCAGGGUCCUGUGUCCUUUGGGGAGGUGGCCAUCCAUUUCAACAGUGAAGAGUGGUUACUGCUUGAUCCCAGCCAGAAAGCCCUGCAUCAAGAAGUCAUGUUGGAAACAUCUAGGAUGGUGGCCUCUUUAGCAUUUGAUGUGGAGAAGAAGGAAACUGACCAAGAGCCAAAUUUAGUGCCAUUUCAAAUAAUCAAAAUUGAAAUUCCUGAGGAGACAUCUACAGAUAAGUGGGGAAGGAGGAAACGCGAAAAGAAGCAAAACUGGAGGAACAAAUCUAUUCUUGAAUGUGUGGAAAUGGAUCACUUCCUGACCCAACGUGAUUCCAAAGAAAAUACAGGGAAAUGUCAAAGUUUCAAAGCAAACCCCAGUUUCAAUAACCACUGCAAAACUGGAAAAAGGUCUAGCAGUAAUAAUCUUACUUCACAUAAAAUGAUCCAAACAAGGGAAAAACCCUACAAUGGUGUGGACAGUGGAAAAAGCAUUGGGUGGAGAGGUAAUUUAACUUCUCAUAAAAGAAUACAUUCAGGGAGAAAACCCUAUAAGUGCCUAGACUAUGGUAAAAGAUUCCGUUUGAACAGUUCAUUUACCUCGCAUAAAAAGAUCCACACCAGAGAAAUAUGCCUAGAAUAUGAAAAGAGCUUCAGGUACAGAGAGUGUCUGAAAUCCCACGAAAGCAACCAUACAGGGGGAAAACCUUAUAAAUGUGUGGAUUGUGGAAAAAGGUUCAGUGUGAAGAGUUCCCUUACUUGCCAUAAAAGGAUCCAUACCGGAGAAAAACCCUUUAAAUGCAUACAGUGUGGGAAAAGCUUCAGCACUAGUAGUUACCUGAUAUGCCAUAGAAGGAUCCAUUCAGGGGAAAAACCCUAUAAAUGUGUAGACUGUGGAAAAAGGUUCAGUAGGAAGAAUUCCCUUACUUACCAUAAAAGGAUACAUACUGGAGAAAAACCCUUUAAAUGCAUGCAGUGUGGGAAAAGCUUCAGCACUAGUAGUUACCUGAUAUGCCAUAGAAGGAUCCAUUUAGGGGAAAAACCCUAUAAAUGUGUAGACUGUGGAAAAACCUUCAGGACAAAUGCUUCUUUUACUACGCAUAAAUUGAUCCAUGCGGGAGAGAAACCCUUUAAAUGCAUAGAGUGUGGGAAGUGCUUUAGGCAGAGUGGUGGCCUUGCUUCCCAUCAAAGGACUCAUACGGGAGAGAAACCCUAUAAGUGUAGAGAGUGUGGAAAGAGCUACAGAAAUACAAAUCAACUGACAUCCCACAAAAGGAUCCAUUCAGGUGAAAAACCUUAUAAAUGCGCGGAAUGUGGAAAACCCUUCAGAACAAGCAGUUCCCUUGGUUCUCAUAAACGCAUCCAUACAGGAGAGAAACCCUAUAAAUGCAUGGACUGUGGAAAGAGCUUCAGUGUAAAGAGUGCUCUUACUUCUCAUAAACGGAUCCACACAGGAGAAAAACCCUAUAAAUGCCUAGACUGUGGGAAGGGCUUCAGCCAAAGCAGUAGCCUUACUUCUCAUAAAUGGGUCCACACAGCAGAAAAACCCUAUAAAUGCAUAAAAUGUGGAAAGAGCUACAAAAACAGCAGUUACCUGAACCUCCAUAAACGGCUCCACACGGGAGAGAAACCCUAUACAUGCAUGGAGUGUGGAAAGAGCUUCACGAUAAAGACUUCUCUUACUUCUCACAAAAGGAUCCACACAGGAGAGAAACCCUAUAAAUGUAUGGAGUGUGGAAAGAGCUUCAGGGCAAGCAGUGCUCUCAAUUGUCAUCAACGGGUCCACACAGGAGAAAAACCCUUUACAUGCAUGGAGUGUGGAAAGAGCUUCAGUGUAAACAGUUCUCUUACUUCUCAUAAACGGAUCCACACAGGAGAAAAACCCUAUAAAUGCCUAGACUGUGGGAAAGGCUUCAGCCGAAGCAGUAGCCUUACUUCUCAUAAACGGGUCCACACAGGAGAAAAACCCUAUAAAUGCAUGAAAUGUGGAAAGAGCUACAAAAACCGCAGUUACCUGAACCUCCAUAAACGGCUCCACAUGGGAGAGAAACCCUAUAUAUGCCUGGAGUGUGGAAAGAGCUUCGCUAUAAAGAGUUCUCUUACUUCUCAUGAAUGGAUUCACACAGGAGAGAAACCUUAUAAAUGCCUAGAGUGUGGGAAGAGCUUCAACCAAAGCAGUCAACUUAUUUUACAUAACAGGGUCCAUUCAGGGGAAAAACCUUAUAAGUGCACAAACUGUGGAAAGACUUUCGCUGCCAGUAGGUCUCUGACUUACCAUAAAAGGACUCAUACAGGAGAGAAACCUUAUAAAUGCCUAAAAUGUGGAAGGAGCUUCAGUGAUAACCAUUCCCUUACUUCCCCUAACAGGUUCCACACAGGAGAGAAAUCAUAUGUAUGCAAUGAAUGCGAAAUCAUAUGUAUGCAAGAGUUUGAGUACAGGCAGGUCCCUUAGUAACCAUAUUAGUACCCACAUACGGAAGAAAUUUCAUCGGUGCACAGGAUGUGGGAAAAGCUUCCGAUUAAAAAGUCACCUUACUUUCCAUAAGAGGAUCCACACCAGGAAGUGGGGGGGAAUAAAAAUGUAUAGAAUGCCGACUGGCAUUAGUAACUGAAGCGUCCUUAAUUUGUGUAAAAGGAUCCACUCUUAUAAGAAACCAUCUAAAGAUAUGGAGUGUAAAAAGAAUAACAUCUGUGAAAAAUGUGGUGAACAGUCUUCCUUCUUUCAGAGGAUCACCAUAGGAGCAACUGAAUAAAUGUAUGGAUUUGGAAGCCCUCAGGAUAGAGUUCUUACUUCCAGAGAUAUUAUCUAUUCAGUUAUGGUCUCCUCAAAAAAAAAUCUGUUAAAUAAUCGUCCCUAUCGUUACUGCAAAACCUCACAACCUCGGCUUGGUAACAAACUGCUUUAUUUAGGCAGAAAUUGAAUCAACAUCUGAAGUGAGUCGGAUCAGCCUUCAAGCUUUGUGAAGACCUGGUGUAUGCAAGCAAAGCAAGGGAAAAUGUAUGUGUAUAUAUUCAUUUUAGCUCUAAUUGUGUUGAAAAUAGUGGCCUUCUUUAAACAUGUGGCAAGGAUUUCAGCUAUUAUUUUGUGCAUAUGUACUGUAUGUGCAUCAAUUUAGUUGCAAGUGGAAAUCUCUCCCAAAUAUUUAGAUGUACAGGCUAGUCUGGUGCCAAAUUGCAUUAACCCAGCUAAAAGGGACUUUAUAAAUGGUUUUAUUAAUCCAACAGUGCACCGUAUGAGGAAUAUUUUUUAAAAGGAAAUAUUGCUUGAUUUAAAUUAUUCACUGUUCAGUUUCGCAGAUUAAAGUAACCAGUACCAUAUUUUCUAUUUCUCAAGAUUUUCAAAUGUCACUUUAGUGCCUCUAUUUCAUUUUGUGAUAUCAAGUUGAGCAGAAAGUUGAGUCAUACUUGACAUGCUAAGCAAUUGUACUGUUGCUAUGGUUUUGGAGAAAAAUGUUAGUAGCAUGAUUGUGACUUUGAGUUUUUUAACAAUAUAGCUUUUUUAAAAACAUAUUUCCUGAUUAUUAACCAUCUUUCUCAUUUUGAAAUGUUAAUAAAUUAUUGGAAACAGUU